AUGUUCUGGUUCAUACUACUCUCAUCAUGUAUUGCCAUACAUGCACAGGAGGGAUUAUUGCUCGACCUCCACCCGGCUGCUGGUCCUCAAUUUUUCGAGGAAUCCCUUCUGGGUGGGACCAACGGUAACAAACUGAAGUCAGAGUUUGAUGACGUGGCCGUGGACUCGUUGAUGGAUCCAGAGGGCAAGCCGAUUCACGAACCGCUUAGAGCACACGCUAUGGUACUCGAGGAGGAGUUGAGAAAGGAGGCAGCCGAAAUCCAGAAGAUUAUGUGGCAGAGCGAGGAGGAAAACAAGCAGGGAGAUGUUACCGCUGCCACGUGGCUCUGGACUCUGUUUGGUUGCUCGUUGGUAGUUAGCAGUGGAAUCGUUCCAGCUUUCUUGCUUCCAGCCAACAUUCACGAUUUCCUCCAAUCGAGAGAGGGUCAACGCCGCCUCAACCUGGUCCUUGCUUUUGGUGUUGGAACUCUUCUCUCCGACGUCUUCUUGCAUUUGCUACCAGAAGCCUAUGACAACCAUACGGACCAAAUCUCUAUUGGAUUAUGGACACUUGCAGGAUUCCUCUCGUUCUAUUUUAUUGAAAAGAUUGGAGCAUCCACUGAAGAGGGACAGCAUCAGCUCUGCGCCUACAUGAACCUGUGUGCCAAUGUGGUGGACAAUUUCGCUCAUGGACUCGCUGUUGGAAGCAGUUUCCUAGUUUCCACGAAGUUCGGAUUCCUUACCACUAUCACCAUUCUCCUCCACGAGAUUCCACACGAAAUCAGUGAUUUCGCUAUCCUCCUCCGCGCCGAUUUCGACCGAGUUGCUGCUAUUAAGGCCCAGUUCGUAACUGCUUCCGCUGGAGUGUUGGGCUCAUGUGUAGCACUUUCUCUUCACACCUCCAACGUGCCCGUCAUUGAGACUCUCCUUCCGUUCACUGCUGGCGGUUUUCUGAAUAUUGCGCUGGUUCAGAUUUUGCCAGAACUUCACGAAGAGAGAUCUCCUAUUCAAAGUUUCAAGCAGUGGGCCAUGAUCGUGACUGGAGUCUUGUCAAUGAUGUGUCUCAACAAUUUAAGCUUCUAA